AUUUCUGAAAACUCCUUCUGUCAACAUCAAUCUCUGUUAAGUUGCUCCUGGGAUACAGCUCAAAAUGAAGUUCAUUCCAGCAGGUGUUGUCCCCUUGCUGUUGAUGAUCCACUGCAAAUUGGUGGUUGGCAAGGCACUGCCGGUGAACACCCCUAGCCCCAUGUGCGAGAACAUGAACUUGUGCAAACCCAAUGUGGUCGAGCAGACCCGGAAGCUAGUGGUGCUGCUCAAUGCGACAGCUCAGGAUCUCUUCAGCAUCUAUCUGGACUGCCAGGGUGACCCAUUCAGCAGCCACCUGGAUGAGCUCUGCAACGCCACCACCACCGACUUCCCUGCCUUCCAAGUGAACCGAACCAGCCACAAGAAGGAGAUCAUGGUUGCCUUGUACAAGGUCUUUGCCUUCCUGAACGCCUCGCUGGGCAACAUCACCAGGGACCAAGAGGAGCUUAACCCCACGGCCAAGGAGCUGCUGGAGCGGCUCCACAACACCACCAAGACCACCCGGGGCCUGAUCUCCAAUCUGACCUGCCUGCUGUGCAACAAGUACAACGUCUCCCAGGUGGACGUCACCUACGGCAAGAGCAGUAGGGGCAUGAACGUCUUCAGGAAGAAGCAGCAGGGCUGCCAGGUGCUGAGGAGGUAUGUGCAGGUUGUCUCGCAGGCAGCACAUGUCCUGCUACCUCACCUCUCGCAGGCAUGAGCCGCUAGCCAGAUGGAUCCGGUUGCUUCCCCUUUGCUGGCUGGGCCCAACUGCGGAGAGGUCAGUGCCACAUGGCUGAGGGAAGCAGGGACCUGCAGGGAGUGAGUCGGGGCGGAGAGGGCACACCACAACCAGCUACAGACUCCAAAGGGCAAGGAGGCAUGAUUGUCCUUUGGUCAGCCCUCUUGGUUUGAAAAGUUCCAGACCUUUAAGACACUCAGCUUUCAGGGAAUAUAUCCAUCCAGCGGCAGCUCCCUCUCAUGGGACUGGAUCCCAUGACAUCCACCUCCAUCCAGCCCUCUCCACCUCUGGAGGCUUCCUUCACGGGUGGUUUAUUAUUAAUGAGCCUUAUUUGCUUCCUAUUUAUUAUCUCCCCCCAAUCCCUUUUGUGCUAUUGCUCCCCUCAUGCCUUUAUUUAUUUGAAUGUUAAUGAGGGUUGAGUUCUAUCAUGUUUGUCUGGUAUUUUAAUUGUGUCUUUAUGACGCUGUUCAGUGCCCAAGUGCCUUAGGGAUAGGGUGCGUUAUGAAUUACCUGAACUAUUAGUCUGUGGGAGGCCGAAUGGGCUGGAAUUGAGACAAAGGACGGUUGGGCAAAAGACCAAGGAAUGAUGGCCCGGCAGCAAGACGCACCGGGCUGCAGAGCAGUCUGGCAAUGGCCCUCAUGGAUGCACCAUUGCUUGGAUUGCUGAAAAGCAGGCUGGGGAGAGCAAGAGGGAAGGAUAUUGCUCUGGCCCCAGCGAGAUGGAUUGGGUAGCUCUUGUCCAUCUUUGGGCCACCCUUUCCUCUGACUUCAAAGGGAAGUGAGCAGAGAGUUUGAUCCUUUGAUUCUUGGAGGUUCUGCACUGCAGCUGGGAGUUGGGUUUCACUGCUUCUUCUUUGUCCCUCUCUAUCCCUCUCCCCCACUCGGGGCCUUUUUAAAUCUUGAUUAGAAACAAAGCUUUGGAACUGCUGGAGCACCAGGCCUGUCGCAGGAGCCCAGGUGCUCUGUGAGACACACCUCACGUACGGGUAUAAAAUCGCCAGUUGCAAGGAUUUAUGAACAGGAUCUGCUCAGCUGAGUCCAGGUCCUGCCGUAAUGGGCGCCCUACAAGUUCUCCAUUCCAGCCUAAAACCUGACUCUUUCGAGAGUGUCCCAUGGGUUGGGCAAACUGUGGCAUGCCCUUCUGUGAACCUGAGUGGAGGUCACACAGCUGCUGCAAAGUCCAAACAUUCAGGGCUGGUGUUAGGGGGUAGCAAGCAGGGCAAUGGCCCAGGGCCCUACACCACAGGGGGCCCCACAUGGGGCGGCUCAGGCUUCAGCUUCUGAAAUGUUGCAGAAAUCCAGUGUGUGAGCAGGUAAGGAAGUGGGGUCGGAACCCACUCCUGAGUUUCUGUCCUGGGCCCCAGCGAGUCUAACCCCAUCCCUGCACACAUUGUCUUUGUGAACACCAGCAUGAGAC